AGAAAAAAGGAAGAAAUAAUAAUAAUGGAGGAGGAAAAGGAGGAGGGAGGGAAGGGGAAGGGGAAGAGGAAGAGGUGGUCAGCAGCACAGCACUAUCCUCCGAUGUUUGUGAGCAGCAGAUAAGCCUAAUAAAAGAAAAUAUUAAUUAAAACGCCAAAAGGGCAGACAUAGAGCAACAACAGGAGGAUGAGGCUCAGAUUCACCAGCAUGGAAAUGGAUCGCCAUCACCUCUUCUUUUCUCUUCCCCAAUUCCAUACCUAGACGCUCUGUUUUCAUUUCCCAAUUUCUUCUCUCUUCCAUUUCAAUCCCAUCCUUACUUACCUCCUUUCCCAAUCCCCCAUUUCUCCAUUUCCGUCUAUCGCCGCCAGGGACAAACAACUGUUCGCUUCAUUCAAUCUCGUGUUGUGAUUCUUCAGAAAGAAAAGAAGGAAAGAUCAUUGGAUGAGGAGAAUACCGUGAUUGUUGUUUGAGGUUUAGGGAUUGUUUUUAUGGGCAACACAUGCCGUGGAUCUUUCGGAAGCAAAUUAUUUCAGGGCUACAGCCAGCCCGAAGACCACUCCGCCUCCUCCAAGCGCAACGCUUCUGACCGUUCAAGUUCCGAUUUUUCCCCCACUAGUUUGAACUCUCACCACCACAUCUCCCAGGAAUUCCCCAAGGAAAACCCCAAGAAAGAUCACAACUUUCCUGCAGUUAGCCCUUCCACAAAAAACAUCAUCAUGAGGCGAGGGGUUGAAAAUCACCCUUACUUUGUAUUGGGUCAUAAGACUCCUAACAUUCGCGAUCUGUACACAUUGGGCCGUAAAUUAGGACAAGGGCAAUUUGGCAUCACUUAUCUUUGCAAGGAAAUAUCUACAGGCAUAGAAUUUGCCUGCAAGUCUAUCUCAAAGAGGAAGUUGAUUUCAAAGGAGGAUGUCGAGGAUGUCAGGAGGGAGAUACAGAUAAUGCACCAUUUGGCAGGUCACAAGAACAUCGUGACAAUCAAGGGUGCUUAUGAAGAUCAGCACUAUGUUCAUAUUGUGAUGGAGCUUUGUGCUGGGGGUGAAUUGUUUGACCGGAUUAUUCAGAGGGGGCAUUACACUGAGAGGAAGGCAGCUGAUUUGACAAAGAUUAUUGUAGGAGUUGUUGAGGCUUGCCAUUCGCUUGGAGUCAUGCAUAGGGAUCUCAAGCCCGAGAACUUCCUGUUGGUUAACAAGGAUGACGAUUUCUCUCUCAAAGCCAUUGAUUUUGGACUCUCUGUUUUCUUCAAACCAGGUCAAGUUUUUUCUGAUGUGGUUGGAAGCCCAUAUUAUGUUGCUCCAGAGGUCCUUUGCAAGCAUUAUGGGCCAGAAGCGGAUGUGUGGACAGCAGGGGUCAUAUUAUAUAUAUUGCUUAGUGGUGUACCGCCAUUUUGGGCAGAAACUCAGCAGGGAAUAUUUGACGCCGUGUUGAAGGGAGUCAUUGACUUUGAGUCUGACCCAUGGCCCCUAAUAUCUGACAGUGCGAAGGAUCUAAUUCGGAAGAUGCUGUGUUCGCAACCUUCAGAAAGAUUAACUGCUCAUGAAGUACUGUGUCACCCAUGGAUUUGUGAAAAUGGAGUUGCUCCAGAUAGAGCAUUGGAUCCAGCUGUACUUUCUCGCCUCAAACAGUUCUCUGCAAUGAAUAAGUUGAAGAAGAUGGCUUUACGGGUAAUAGCUGAAAGCCUGUCAGAGGAGGAGAUUGCUGGUUUAAGAGAAAUGUUUACAUCAAUGGAUACUGACAGCAGUGGUGCAAUCACAUUUGAUGAACUAAAAGCUGGUUUGAGAAGAUACGGCUCUACUUUAAAGGAUACAGAAAUACGUGAUCUUAUGGAUGCAGCUGAUGUGGACAACAGUGGGACCAUUGACUAUGGGGAAUUCAUAGCUGCCACAGUUCACCUUAACAAACUUGAACGGGAGGAGCAUCUUAUUGCAGCAUUUCAAUACUUUGAUAAGGAUGGAAGUGGUUACAUAACUGUUGAUGAACUUCAACAGGCCUGUGUAGAGCAUAACAUGACUGAUGUUUUCCUUGAAGAUAUUAUCAAAGAAGUUGAUCAAGAUAAUGAUGGACGGAUAGACUAUGGUGAAUUUGUUGCCAUGAUGCAAAAAGGCAAUGGAGGACUUGGAAGACGAACUAUGCGGAACAGUCUGAACAUGAGCAUGAGGGAUGCACCAGGAGCUCAUUAGCUUCCAGUUACAUGCAUCAUGUACAGGUUGCACAGCACAGCCAAGACAGAGGAAAUUCCCAGAGUUUAAAAGAUCUGGUAGAUGUGUGGAAUUUUUUUACCCAUCUGGCUCUGAAACCUCGGCCAUGGUCGAGAUGAUUUGUGUGUUAUGGAGGCGUUUGUGCUCCAGCAUUCAUACAGUUGUGCCUUAAAAGUUGCUGUAGGAGUGAAGGUGUUGUAAGUUUUGUGGACGUUAUGGUGAGACUAAGUUGCCGGCGUUUCUUGGUAUUGUUCAGCCAUUAUUGAUGGAAAUGAAAAGUAGAUCUUCUCUUUCUUAUUCUCUUAAACUUUGGUGUAUGCUUUUAGGGUAAUGUGAAUCCAGAACAUUUUUCACUCC